CACUGGUUUACGGCUGCCUUGACAAAACUAUAAAACCCUAACACACACCUCACUUGACUCCCAUUCUCUCUCUACACACGCCAAUAUCCCCCAUGAUUGAUCCACCUUCUCGUCACCGUAAAAAACCAAUCGCCGCCACAAACGCCGCCUCAACGUCGAGAAACCUGAAACUAAUUUGCAGGUUCAAUGGCUCAUUCCAAAUCAUCGAGUCACAGCAAUCAUUUAAAAAUGUUAGAUACAUUGGUGGCGAGACGCGCAUUAUAUCAGUGGACAGAAGAAGCAUUAAUUUCUCCAAGCUCUGUUUCAGGAUAUCCCAAAUGUGCCCUAAUGUACGCUCUUUCUCGCUGAAAUACCACCUUCCUUCUAUUUCCAGGUCAGGAUUAGGGUCUGAAUGUGUUAUUAAUGGAAAUAGUAAAGGUAAAGAUUUGUCUCCUUUAGUUUCUAUUUCAUCAGACGACGACGUUUUUUGUAUGAUUACAGAGUAUGAUAAAUUGGAGCUCUACGGUAAGCAAAAUGUUAGGCUUUGGAUUUACGUGUUAAGCAGUAGUAGUGAUAGUAUUAGUGGUAAUCAAUGUGAUUAUAUGAGGCACAAGCUAUUUUUAGCGAAACAAUGUCCUUUGGGUCCAAGAAAUGGAAAUUCGUAUACUAACUGUGUCGGGAAUGUGGAUGAUUUGAGGGUGAAUUUGAUGUGUGAUCGCGUUGAUUAUGGUAAUGAGAAUAUGAAUAGCAGAGAGGAUUGUUUGGCAUGGAGUAUGGGCUGUUAUCGUAAUGGAAUUCGGAACCAACGGGUUUAUUCCUAUAGGAAUUCCAAUCACCAUUAUUAUAAUCAUCAUCAAAGUGGUAGACUGGAUGGAAGGGUUGUUUCAGCUGGGAAAUGUCAUCAUGGGCUUAAGCCAAAACCUAACAUUUCAAAGCAGGGACAGUCUUUGAGAUCAUAUUUUUGCUCAAACUCGAAGAGAUCAUUGGGGAAUUCGAGAGAGAAGAGUGGUUCUGAUGUUUCAUUGUUUGAAAAUUUGGCUUAUUUUAGUGCUAGCUGUGGUGCUGAUGCGGGCAAUCAACAUCUCUUGUCUUGUAAUUCUGUUGAGGGUCCAUCUUCAGUUGUGGAAAACAUGGAGUGCCAACAAGAUCUCUUGACUGGUUCCCCUUAUAAGCCGCAUGAAGUCUCUCUUCACAGUGAUUCUGAGAAUAACUAUGCUGCAUCUGUUAGUGAUAAGCUCACAUUUGGGCAUCAGAAUGUUGUGAGCAACUCUAGCAAUGGCCCAUCAGUUGAGUGCAACAAAGAGUUGAUUGAUAAUGGUGAAGGGACUAACUUAUUGAGCCAUUUAAAGAAUGACACUCAUAACCUGAAAAUAGGAGUUGCAUCUUCAUUGGAGCUUUUGGAUAACUUGUCAUUAUCAUCAAAAGAAGUCAAACCUUCUGCACCUACAGUUGUCAUUGGUGAUGUUCUUUCUUCCUUGCUGAAGCCUAAGUCAGAGCAUUUAGAUAUCCUGGAUGGAAAUAUUAGUGCAGGCUACAAAGCUGGCAAAUUGGGUGUAGUUAAAUCUAAUCCUUACGCUCUUCAUGCAACUGAAGUGGAAAAGGCCGAAACAAAAGAAGAAAUAAAACGCCCCAGCGUGAUGGAUGUAAUCUCUGAUGAUUUGGCCACUGGACAGUUGCAGGCUAUCAGAAAUUCAGACCUGGAGCACAUAAAAGAACUUGGUUCAGGCACAUAUGGAACUGUAUAUCAUGGGAAAUGGAAAGGUUCUGAUGUCGCCAUCAAGAGGAUAAAACCAAGCUGCUUCAUUGAAGACUCAUCCGCGAAGGAUCGAUUGGUUAUAGACUUUUGGAAGGAAGCUCACAUACUUGCUCAACUUCACCAUCCAAACAUUGUGGCAUUUUAUGGUGUUGUAACAGAUGGACCUGCAAAAUCUUUGGGAACAGUAACAGAGUAUAUGGUGAAUGGAUCUCUGAAACAAGUUCUGCGGAGAAAGGAUAGAACAAUCGAUCGUCGGAAGAGGAUAAUAUUAGCAAUGGACGCUGCCUUUGGAAUGGAAUAUCUUCAUGAGAAGAACAUUGUCCACUUUGACCUUAAAUCUCCUAAUUUGCUUGUGAAUAUGAGGGAUCCACAGAAACCAGUAUGCAAGAUUGGUGAUUUAGGCUUGUCAAAAAUAAAAAAGCGGACACUUGUUUCUGGUGGAGUACGAGGAACCAUACCAUGGAUGGCUCCAGAACUUUUGAACAGCAAAAAUAAACUGGUGACAGAGAAGGUUGAUGUGUAUUCAUUCGGAAUUAUUAUGUGGGAGCUCUUGACUGGGGAGGAACCUUACGCACAGCUGCGUUCAGAAGAAAUAAUAGCUGGUAUAAUCAAGGGCUCAUUACGGCCUGAAAUUCCAAGCUGGUGUGAGCCCGCUUGGAGAUCACUGAUGGAGAGAUGCUGGUCAUCUGAUCCCGGAUGUAGGCCAGCCUUUUUGGAGAUUGCUAAGGAGCUGCGAGGAAUGUCAGCAGCCAUGAACAUCAAAUGACUUCCAUGAGUCAACCUUUGCUUUGCAUUUUGUGUAAAUACUUGACAAUUAUCAAGAACAGGGUACUGCAAAUUAGUUCUUGCUGCCUGUAUAUGAAGGGUUUGCCAUGCCGGGUGGUGAUUGUUUUUGUUGUCACCUGCAUGCUCUAGGAAAAUGUAGAUACGCGUAGUAGAAUAAUAGGUGUACCAGCAGCGUACGCUUAUCCAGUUUUGCUUUGUAAAAACUGUUAAUGUAAAUAUUUGUUUGAGCAAGGCUCCAAUAAGAUGGUUUGUUGUAUAGAAAA